AUUUCUUGCACCGCCAUAUUGCGGCGUUUCUAGUGUGGGUUCAUGAAUGCGGUUGCCUUUACGGACACACUCUUGUAUCGUUGACAAAUAAGCACUGAUAAAUAAACAUUUCAUAGGAAUAUUUUAUUUUUGCAAGAUCUAUCGUUUGCUUAGAAUUUUUUUAAAAUGUCAAGGAGACGGCAUAGCGAUGAAAAUGACGGCGCUCAGUCCCAUAAAAGAAGGAGAACAUCGGAGCCCAUUGAAAUCGAGGAUCGCUUGGAAUCGCUGAUUUGUCGAGUGGGAGAAAAGAGUACUUCUUCCCUGGAAAGUAAUUUGGAAGGCCUAGCGGGUGUGCUUGAGGCAGAUCUUCCCAACUAUAAGAGCAAAAUCCUGCGCAUUCUGUGUGCUGUGGCACGCCUCCUUCCUGAGAAGCUGACGGUGUACACCACACUGGUGGGCCUGUUGAACGCCCGGAACUACAACUUCGGAGGGGAGUUUGUGGAGGCCAUGAUACGCCAGCUCAAAGAGACGCUGAAGUCGAACCUGUACACGGAGGCUGUGUACCUGGUGCGUUUCCUGUGUGACCUGGUGAACUGUCAUGUGAUCGCCGCCCCCUCCAUGGUGGCCAUGUUUGAGAACUUUGUCAGCGUGAUACAGGAGGAAGACGUUCCUCAGGUGCGCUGUGACUGGUACGUGUACACGGUGCUCUCCUGCCUCCCCUGGGUGGGGAAGGAGCUGUACGAGAAGAAGGACGUGGAGAUGGACCGGCUGCUCAACCAGAUCGAGGGAUUCCUCAAGAGACGCCAGAAGACCCACGUCCCCAUGCUGCAGGUCUGGACCGCUGACAAGCCCCACCCACAGGAAGAGUACCUGGACUGCCUGUGGUCUCAGGUGCAGAAGCUGAAGAAGGACCGCUGGCAGGAGAGGCACAUCCUCAGGCCGUACAUUGCCUUCGACAGCGUGCUGUGUGAGGCUCUGCAGCACAACCUGCCCCCUUUCACCCCCCCACCCCACAUGGACGACGCGCUGUACCCCAUGCCCCGCGUCGUCUUCCGCAUGUUCGACUACACCGACGCCCCCGAGGGUCCCGUAAUGCCAGGCAGCCACUCAGCAGAGAGGUUUGUGAUUGAGGAGAACCUGCACUGCAUCAUAAAGUCCCACUGGAGGGAGAGGAAGACCUGUGCUGCCCAGCUCCUGAGUUACCCAGGGAAAAACAAGAUCCCUCUGAACUACCACAUCGUGGAGGUGAUCUUCGGAGAGCUGUUUCAGCUGCCCGCUCCCCCUCACAUUGACGUGUCCUACACCACCCUGCUGAUCGAGCUGUGCAAGCUGCAGCCUGGCUCCCUGCCGCAGGUCCUCGCUCAGGCUACGGAGAUGAUGUACAUGCGUCUGGACACCAUGAACACCACCUGUAUAGACCGACUUAUAAAUUGGUUUUCGCACCAUUUGAGCAACUUUCAAUUCAGAUGGAGCUGGGAUGACUGGGCUGACUGCUUGACCCUGGACUUGGAAAAACCCAAGCCAAAAUUUGUCAAAGAGGUUUUGGAAAAAUGCAUGAGACUGUCCUAUCACCAGCGGAUCGUGGACUUAGUCCCGCCCACCUUUUCUGCAUUAGUGCCAGCCAAUCCCAUCUAUGUGUACAAAUACAGCGACGAAACCAACGGCAGUUCACUUCCGGGUUACCCGGUCGCCAUGGCGGUGAGCAACGCCAUCAAGAACCGCGCCUCCAAUGAGGAGAUCCUCGCCGUGCUGAAGGAGGUGCCCAACCCCAACCAGGAGGAGGACGAUGACGGAGGAUACAGCUUCAACCCGCUGAAGAUCGACGUGUUCCUGCAGACUCUGCUCCACCUGGCGGCCAAGUCCUUCAGCCACUCUUUCAGCGCCCUGGCCAAGUUUCACGAGGUGCUGAAGGUCCUCACGGACACUGAUGAGGGCAAACUGCACAUCCUGCGCGUGGUGUACGAAGCCUGGCGCAACCACCCACAGAUGAUCGCUGUGCUGGUGGACAAGAUGAUCCGGACGCAGAUCGUGGACUGUGCCGCCGUGGCCAACUGGAUCUUCUCUCCGGACAUGGCCCACGAUUUCACCAGGUUGUACGUGUGGGAGAUCCUGUACUCCACCAUCCGAAAAAUGAACAAGCACGUGCAGAAGAUCAACAAAGAGCUGGAGCAGUCCAAGGAGAAACUGGAGAAACUGCACCUGAAGAGGGUGAGAGACACAGAGAGAGAGAAGGACAGCGGGGAUGAGGAGGACGUGGAGAAGAACAGUGAUGAGGAGGACGGGCAGCUGGAGGAUCAGAUCGAGAGGCUGCAGGAGAAGGUGGAGUCGGCCCAGAGCGAGCAGAAGAACCUCUUCCUGGUCAUCUUCCAGCGGUUCAUCAUGAUGCUGACGGAGCACCUGGUUCGCUGUGAGACCAGCAGUGUGGACUUCAACACGCCCUGGUACAAGAACUGCAUCGAGCGGCUACAACAGAUCUUCCUCAUGCACCAUGUCACCAUCCAGCAGUACCUGGGCACCCUGGAGAACCUGCUUUUCACUGCUGAGCUGGACCACCACAUCCUGGCGGUGUACCAACAGUUCUGUGCCCUGCAGCAGUGAACCUGCCCUUCUCCUCACCACCAGAGGGUGCCAGAGAGCCGGCCCACUUUCACCUGUGACCUGCGCAACCAGGACUCCACAAUUUCUUGCAUCAAGAUUUUUUUCUUUUCCCAUCUAAGCAGUCUAGUCAUUUGUUUUUAUUUUUUAUACAUUUUCUUUGGCAUUCGCGUCUUGCGUGAAAAAGGAGUAGAGAAAGCCAAGCUUAGAGGUCUUAUUUCAAAUCGGUGCGUUUUUUUAGUUUUUUUUUUUCGUUUCUGCUUCUCAAGUCGACCAGGAUAAGGAUCGAACUUCCCUUUUAAUUUUUAACCUCUCCCUUUUUCCUCCGUCUUGUCACUGAGUGAGCAGCGGACUUGAGAAACAAGUUUGUAUAAGGAAUGCACACAAAGCUAGAGCUUCCCUAUUUUAGCUGUGCCCGGGGAAGAACCCAAAACGAUGGUUUUGUUUUAAAUAUUUUUAUGUGGAUUAAAUUGGGAUUUGCCAUUGCA